UUCAUAUAAAUGUUAGAUUUCACCAGGACAUACAAGUUUUGUUAAAAGUUAUGGCCAAUUAUAAAUAUUUCAUUGUGUUGCUGUAGUGAAAUCGUGCGCAUUCUUUUUUCGGUUCCGUUUUUAUUUAUGUUUUGCAAGUUGUCUCCAGGCUUGGGUUUUCAAAAGUUUCAGCCUAAUAUCUGGGGUCUGCGUAAGGGCGUAGCUAGCUUGGUUUGUGUCCAUUUGGGAACGGAUAGGUUUGGAAUUGUAAUUGUUCGUCUAUUCAGAUUGAUUUUAUUGCCAUUCUUUCACAUUUCAGAGUACCCAAAAGUUCGGUUGUUCUGAUUGUUUGCGUGGGUCAUGUUGCACUGUCAAAGCUAACCAGCUGCCUAUCGGGUCGGGUCCGCAAGGUUAGCUGGAUAGGCUAGCCAGUAAGUUAGCCUCCCGUUAGUGAGAUGCGACUAGAAUACCAACUAAUCAGCUUGCUAACGCUAGUAAAUUAGCUUAUAGUGAGUAGCUAUGUGUGGACAUACAGUGGAGGACAUUUAUUCAUGCUUUCAAGUGGAAAUCCUGUCUACGACAAAUACUAUCGACAGGUAGAUCCGUCGGGCAGUGGACGGGUACCAGCAGCAGAUGCUGCCCUCUUCCUAAAGAGAUCAGCCCUGGCAGAUCUGGUGCUGGGAAAGAUAUGGGAUCUGGCAGAUUCAGAACGAAAAGGAUGCCUCAACAAACAGCAAUUCUUUGUUGCACUGCGAUUAGUGGCCUGUGCCCAGAACGGGCUUGAGGUGGCACUGAAGAGUCUUAACGCAGCCGUUCCUCCCCCCAAAUUUCAUGACACUAGCAGCCCACUUCUACCUGCAGGAGUGGCCGUUGAUGGCCCAUGGGCAGUCAAGGGGGAGGAGAAGGUGAAAUUCGAUGCCAUCUUCGACAGCCUCUCACCCGCGGGUGGUAUGCUCACAGGGGAGAAGGUCAAGCCAGUCCUGCUCAACUCCAAGCUGCCUGUAGACGUCCUGGGACGGGUAUGGGAGUUAAGCGACAUUGACAGGGAUGGCAUGCUUGACAGAGAUGAAUUUGCUGUGGCCAUGUACCUGGUCUACAGAGCUCUGGAGAACGAGACGGUGCCCAUGUCUCUGCCCCCUGCUCUGGUGCCCCAAUCAAAGCGGAAGAAAUCCGCCACCCCUCCAGCCUUGCCUCUACUGCCCUCGCCCCCCUCCCUGAAGGAGGGUCGCACGUCCCAAGCCACCGCCAAAGCACUGCCUCCCGCUGCCACAACAAUAACAGCACCUCAGUGGGUGGUGUCCCUGGCAGACAAAGCGAAGUACGACGACCUGUUCAGCAAGACGGACAUUGACAUGGACGGCCUGGUGUCUGGGCCUGAGGUGAGGGACAUCUUCCUCAGGACGGGGCUUCCCUCUGCAACGCUGGCACGCAUCUGGGAGCUGUGUGAUAUCGGGGACAUCGGCAAACUCACCAGGGAGCAGUUUGCCCUGGCGUUGCAUCUCAUCAACCAGAAGCUCACCAAGGGCGUGGACCCUCCCCAGGCCCUCACUCCCGACAUGAUCCCCCCGGCUGACCGAGUCUCCCAGAGCCUCGCAGCGGCAUGCCAGGCUGCUGACUUCUCUGCCAUCAAGGAGCUGGACUCCCUCAGCAACGAGAUAGUCGACCUCCAGAGGGAGAAGAGCUCCGUGGAGCAGGAGAUCCACGAGAAAGAGGAGAGCAUCCGCCAGAGGACCAGCGAGGUGCAGGACCUGCAGGAUGAGGUGCAGAAGGAGACUGCGGAGCUGCAGACCCUGCAGUCUCAGAGGCAGGAGGUGCAGGAGGCCCUGGACAAGCUGGACGUGCAGAAGAGCUCGCUGGAGGAGCAGCUGGGCCUCAUACGACAGCAGUGCAGCCAGGAGAACCAGAUGAUACUGUCAUUGCAGGCGCAGCUGGAGGAGCAGGAGCAGCAGAUAGGGGAGUACCAAGAGGAGCUGGGCCAGGCGCACACGGAGCUGCAGCGGCUGCAGGAGGAGACCCAGGAGGUGGAGCAGAAGGUGGAGGCGGCGCGAGCCCAACUCAACCCCCUGCAGGACAGCGUCCAGGAAUCCCACACACAGGUCUCGCAGGCCAAGGAGAAGCUCACUGAGCUGCGUAUGCAGGAGCGGGACGUGACCGCUCAGCUCAGCUGGCUGUCCCUCACGCAGGACGACCCCGUCCCUGUCCCGCUCCUGGCCCCCCGCCUCACCCACACCCCCACCCCCACCCCGCUGGUGAACGGUGCAUUGGGGGGCCGGGAUGGGCAUCUGGAUCAGGAUGAGCAGGAGGGCCGUGAGAACGGAGGGGCAGACGAGCCGCAUGAGCUACGUGUGGAGGAGGACGAGGAUGAGGAGGAGGAGGAGGAAGAGGAGGAAAAGGAAAAAGAGAAGGAGCAAGAAGAGGAGGUGAAGCAGGAGGAAGUAGAGCGGCCGAGGGAGCAGAACAGAACCAAGAGUCCAGAAAAGCCCAGGCCAGACGCGAUGGAGGACCUCUACACCAGCGGCCGCUCCACCGCCUGGCCACAGGACAAUGCUGAGAUGAGUAGUCCCCUUCCUGAGGCUGAGACGGAGGUGAAGGAGGAGGAGACUGCAGAGUUGCAAAGAGCCAGCACCCCUAAGCAGGGAGAGUCUCCUGUCCCAGAGCAGGCAGAAGGGUCCUCUCAGCCACAGGCACCAGGACAAGGACCAGCAGCUCCAGCAGCAGCGCCACCUGCUGGUCCCACCCAGGACACGGUCUCCAGCUUGGACUUCUUCCAGUCCGACCCCUUCACCGACCAUGAUCCGUUUAAAGAUGACCCGUUCAGUAAAGUGGAUGUCUCUGAUCCCUUUGGGGGUGACCCCUUCAAGGGCAGCGACCCGUUUGCUGCGGACUCCUUCUUUAAGCAGGCCCCAGCCACCGCCGCUCCCUUCCCCUCUGCGGACCCGUUCGGCUCGGUCGACCCCUUCGGGGGAGCCGGUGGGGCCCCCGAACCCGACCCGUUUGCCACCCAGCUCAACAACACCGCAGCGGCCCCAGAUCCUUUCGGCUCCCAAUCCAGCGGCGCCACGGCAACCGCCACCACUGCCAAGGAUCCCUUCAGCUCCAAGGCAAACAACAUAUCCGACGCAGACCCCUUUGCAUCCAAGAUGGCUGCCCAUGGAGACGCAGACCCUUUCAGCUCGCAGGGCGGGCCAGAUCCUUUCACCAGUGCGCUGCCCGGUACUGAUGGAGCCAUGAAGGAUCCGUCAUCGGCAACCAACGAUCCCUUUGCUCCAGGAGGCACAGUAGUGAACACAGAUUCUGAUCCAGACCCCUUCGCUGCAGUGUUUGGAAAUGAGUCGUUCGGCGGAGGGUUUGCUGAUUUCAGCGCAUUAGCAAAGUCGAAUGGUGCUGACCCAUUUGCUGCAGCCAAUACCUCAACCAACAAGAACCUGUUCAAGGAGGACAGCCAGUCCAGCAGCUCAGACACCCCCCCAGCCCUGCCCCCCAAGACAGGCACGCCCACCAGACCUCCCCCUCCACCUCCAGGCAAGCGGUCCAACAUCGCUCGGUCCGAUUCGUCUGACUCCUUCAGUCGCCGGGGCUUCAUGACGCAGGGGGACUUCGCCUCCCUUCCUGCCAAAGACUCGGCCCCGGACCCCUUCGCCCCCUCCUCCCCCCGCCAGCCUCCACGCCAGCCCGAGGGAUUUGCCAGCUUCGACAAAUACCCCACGGAAGAGGACAUGAUCGAGUGGGCGAAGCGUGAGAGCGAGCGCGAGGAGAAGGAGCGCUUGGCUCGACUCACACAGCAGGAGCAGGAGGACCUGGAGCUGGCCAUCGCCCUCAGCAAGUCGGAGCUCUCCUGAGACGAGACUGUGCCCCACUACAUCACAACCCUCCUCCCCCUCCCCUGACUCGCCACCCCUCCUCCCCCCCACCCCCACUGCGGCAGCAGGAGGCGCAGCGCUCCCGGAAAGAGGAGCAGGAAGACGUGCAGGAUUCUGCAGGAGUAGGAGAGCCGUUGCCUUCAUCAAGGCUGAGCUCUUCUCCUGAUACGAGACACUGCCUUACUCUAAUACAUCACACACCCCUGCUCCCCCCUCUCUCCCCCUGCCUCCCUCCGCCACUGUGGAGCCCACAGGCUCAGUGCUUUCCGGGGCAGAACCAGGCCCACCUGCAGGGGCAGGAAGGUGUAAUUGCCCUCUUCAAGUCUGCGCGCUCCAGAUAUGGUGCCCCCCCCCUGCCCCCAUCCUAUACCUAACCACAGUCAAAAAAAAAAUUCUGUCUAUGAUCACGACCCCUUACACCUCUCUCUGCCCCUGCCCCUGCCCCCGCCCCCUUUACUUGAGGUACCCACAGGUGCAGCACCCCAAGCCAGGAGUGGGAGAGACAUCCUGGGAUGCUGCCCUCCUGUCAAUCUCUAUACCCCUCUACUCUCCUCACCUACCCCCCCAACCCCC